CACAAGCUUCACCGCAGCGAACGGAAGAGUAUCCAGCAUCAUGACUCCUCACGCACCGCCCAGCACUGUCGCCAUGAGGAAAGAAGCGCUCGAGCUCAGAAAGACCCUCAAACCGCUGGUGGAGAAGAGAAGGCGCGCUCGCAUUAACGACAGCCUGCACCAGCUCAAGACCCUCAUCCUCCCUUUGGUGGGAAAAGAGAAAUGCCGAUAUUCCAAGCUUGAAAAAGCUGAUAUUCUGGAAAUGACCGUCAGAUUCCUGACUGAUAUCCCUGCCACUCCGAAAAAAGAUGUUGCAGAUAACUAUAAAGAAGGUUAUAAAGCUUGCCUUCAGCGCGUCUCAGCGCUACUCCCGCGCACCGGCCUAGACCAUGAGGCAGGUCGCCGAGUGACCGAGUUCAUGCAGCGGGCGAUGCCCUCCUCCAGCCCGGCGUGCCAGCACUGCAGCGGCCACGGCGCUCCUGCUACCCCCCAAACCCCGCAGCAGCGCCUCCGCAGCCUCCAGGCUACCGUCUCCAGAAGUGAAAGCCGGGCAAGCGUUGUCGUCCCGGUCUCUGGAGCCCCCGUGUGGAGGCCUUGGUAGCUGCACCAAAGCCGGGACACCUUUCUCCAAACUAAAACUGUACAUAAUGACUCAAAAAAAAAGAAAGAUGAUGCGGUUGGUGUGUACCAGCCUGCUUUUAUACGUUUUAAUACGUUUUAUAAGUUGACUCAGGAUCCUGUCAGGAUCAGCCGAGUCACGAUCACCUGAGUAUUGUAUACUUGUGCUACUUUGCUUAGCCGGUCUCGUCGGGUUCGUCCGAAACGGUCGCUUUUCUUCUCGAUUCCUUCUUGCGCGUCGCCUGUAAAUAACGCGGUUCUGUUUAGUCCUCUUCGAGGGGGGGUUAAAUGGGUGGGGGUUGUGGAGAACGCCUAUGUAAAACCCCACGGGUUGUUCAAUGUAAGGCAUUUGCACGUUUGGCUUCAGUAUUCUGAGUUUGUGCAGAUUAGUCGUAUGUAAGCACAAUGUGUUUAAUUGUAAAGUCUCUGUUUAAGGGAUGUGCUGAUUAUAUCGUUGUAUAUGUAUGUUACACUCAGUACUUUUGAAUAAAAGGAAUGGGCUACCCAA